AGCUAGUUUGAGUGUUAAUGAUAAAUUGAUUAAAAUUUUUAGAAGUGGUGGGGUCAAAAUUGUGGAUCAAAAAUAGUGCUGGGGGCAUGUCCUCGCCGUAUAUGACGCCUAUGGUCCCACCUGUGGUGAUGUGGGCAUUUAAUAAUUGUAAGUUAUUGUCAUAACAUUUAUACCAUGGAUAUUAUUUGAAAUUGAGGCUUGUAAGUCGUACAGCAUUGUAAACGGGCAUUUGCAUGUUCAGCACUGUUUUCUGUAUGCGUUCCGGGGACCUGUGUCCGUCUCGUCAUCCCUGCGCUGUCAUAUUGCACCUUAUGAUUUACAAAUUAUGCACUGGUUGUAGGCUAUACUGGGUCAUAUUGCUGUUGGUUAUGUUGAACGUGAUGAUUACAUGCUGCGCGAAUAGAGUAUAGGAUAGUAAAAAAUAGACGUACUGUAGGCUAAUAUUUGUGUCCCCCCCAUGCAUUUCAUCAUCAACGGGUCUGUCUGAACACACCAUGUUUACUGUGUUCACUCUAGAGACUUGACCACGCUUGUUGUUCAUGGGUGACAAGAAUAUGAGAUGAGGAGCAAUGAUGUUGUGAGUCACUUUAACUUUGAACGUCUUCAUGCACAGUCUGAGGAUUUAGCUGUAGUCAAUCUACGUUCUUAUAACUUAGAAUAAGAUAUUAGAAGGUGUUAUAUUAAAUUUUUUUCCUGAAACAUUUCAUACGCACAGUACAUUUAUGGCAGAUAACAGCUCCGUCACAGGUGGUGGCACUUUGCGGCAUUUCGGUGAACGUUUUUACGUCGUGCAGUUGCUGGUUUCGAUUUUUCUGUGUGUCAACGUGAUGCUCAUCGUGACCCUUUUCUCAAAAGUCUACUUCUACACAACCAUGCGAUACAUCUUAUUCACUGUGACUCUAUUGUCUGAUACCUUGAUUUUAUUCAUCACUGACGUUCUGUAUAUCUUGGCUUCUCAUGCAAUGAUGAUGCCUAUCGCCCUGUGUGUUCCCGUCUAUAUUGUUUUGGUUGUGUACACUUUUGUCACACCUUUGACGCUCACAUCCAUGACGCUGGAAUGCUAUGUGGCCAUUUGCAUGCCCCUGCGUCACGGAGAGCUGUGCACGUCACGCAGAGCUCUGCACUGCGUCCUCAUCAUUCACGGCUUCAGCUUUGUACCGUUGACUGUCAUCCUCUCCAUCUUCUUUGCAUCAGCUCCCACAAGCUUGUACUCCGAGCACAGGAUAUGCUCCAUGGACAUAUUUGUGUAUCUCCGAUGGCAGGACAACGCUAAAAUGGCUGUGUUUCAGUUGUACUUUUUCGUCAUGUCUGCCACCAUCAUCUUCUCCUACAUUAAGAUCAUGAAAGCAGCCAAAAAAGCUGUGUCAGGAGAGAAUAACAAGUCGUCAAGGAGAGCGCUCGGGAGAGUGACUCUUCAUGGCUUUCACCUCCUUUUCAGUCUCAUCCAGCUGUGGUGUCCGUUCAUGGAGACUGCUGCGCUUCAGAUUGAUUUCAAGCUUUUUGUAAAUGUCAGGUAUUUCAAUUACAUAGUGUUUAAUCUCACUCCAAGAUGCCUGAGUCCGCUUCUGUACGGCCUCAGGGAUGAAAAGAUUUUUCUUGCCCUGAAACGAAAUACACCUUUACAGUUCCAAUUUGGACAAAACAGAGUGAGGAUCAGGAGAAUUUGAAAAUGUGUUAGUUCCAUAUUAGAAACAUAUAUAUAUAUAUAUAUAAAAUAACAUAACAUAUUAUGAAAUGUCAAAAAAUGUUGAAAAAUGUUUCCCCAACUUCUACAAACCUAAAUAUCCUAGUUUGAAUGAAUUUGAUUUGUUAUGGAAAUAGUUAUAGACAAUUAUUGUAUCUAUUAAACAGGUGAAAAAUAGUCAAAUUAAUGCUGACAAGGUUUCCUUGAAACGAUGUGUCUAGUUUCUUAUUAAAUUAUUAAAUUAAAUUAUUUAUUUCUAAACCCUUUGUCAUGUAAAACAUACAACUUCAUUAAAGUUCACCACACACAUUUUGUCUUUGUCCAAUUUGAAUGUGUAUAUAUAUAUAUAUGUUAAGAUUCUCUCUCUCUUUCAUCCUGUGUGAACAGGGCGUAAGAGGGACGGGGUGCUGGGAAAGGUCAACCACAACCAAAUAUUAUAAUAUUUAUGUUUUUCAUGUAUUCAGAUUUAGCCUGGACCAAAGGUGGGAAAUUAUCGUCUCUACGGGGCCACAUGAGAAACAGAAAAUAUUGUUUCUAAGGCUGGACCAAUGGGCUGAACUAAAUUCUGCUUAAUAUUAAUUUGGUCUCUUUAUAAAAAGCAGUCAUUUUGGUGUAUGUAGGGCAGCAUAUAAACACACAAUAUACAAAACUAAUGGCAAGGCAGAGUUUACACAAUUAUUACUAACUAACUCUAUAAAAGAUACGCAACAACUGCACUUUAUAAUGAAUACUACUAUUAUACAACUAUUGUGUGACAGUCGGGAGAAAUGGCUUUGAGGUUUUGCUCUUCUGUGGCGGAAACAGAAGUUGUCCUGCAUUAAAACAACGGAUGAGCCAGUUUGUUCAUUGUUUGUCUCGUCUUCUCCUACGCUGGUAGAAUGUCAUAACCAUUUUUUCACUUUCUGAUCUGUGAACAUGGUGAUGAAUUUAAGAACAUGAUAGAAAGCAGCAGCGACGUGACACGUCAGGUGUGAGCGGGGCCUCAACUCCCAAUUCUGUCCCGCUGCAAUCUGCUGUGUCACCAUGAGAUGUCACUAAUUCUUACAUACAGUGCGAAACAAGUCACUAAAAGUAAAAGUCGAGGGCCUCAUUUGGUCCACAGGCCAUAUUUUAAAACCGGUCCUCACUCAAACUUGUGUUGAGCGUAGUUGUCAAGCUGUAAACGGUUCAUUAAUGGUGGUGUGUGUGUUCAACACCUGACCUGUGGACAGCCAA